UGAAAGUAACCGACGCGUGAAGCCUCUCCGCCGCUUGUUUGUGUCGGUGCGUCGGUGUGUUUCCACCGGACGAAGGAUGGAUGGAGCCAAGCGUCCGCUGCCGGUGACCGUGGAGGGCGACUGGAAACCGGCUCAGACCAAAACCAUGAAGAACAAACUUCAUCUUUACUUCCAGAGCAAGAAGAAGUCCAGCGGGGGAGACUGCCGGGUGGAGGCGGAGGACGGAGCACCGAGAGCGGCCGUGUACUUCAGAGCAGAGGAGGUGAGAGAGAGAGUCCUCGCCAGAGAAAACCAUGAAAUCAUCCUGGACAAUCAACCUGUCAAGUUACGUCUGAGUUCUGCUUCAAGCCCAACGAACAGUGACGACGUCUCAGAGUCGUCGGCAGACUCAAAGACUCAGAAGUCAGAAGUUGAACCUGGAGAUGGAGCUUCGGCAGCAAACAAAGAGGAGUCGCAGUCCGUUCGGAGCGUCUCCGUGGUGUUGGACAACGUGUCGGACGGCAUGUCCAGAGAUCUGCUGUCCAUGCUGGUGGAGAACAUCUCGGGUUUGGACGACAGCUGCUUCAGUCUGGAGAUCAUCUGGGAGACCAACAGAGCCGUGAUCACCUUUAACCAACCUGCAGAUGUGGAAAAGUUCCUCACUGUGAGUCAGUCCAGCCAGAAGCUGCAGAAACGAGGACUGACGGCUCGUCCACUGGAGGCAGCAGAGAGCGUCCGAGUGGAGAGUAUUCCUCCGAAAGUGGUUAAAGACAUGUUGGAGCUGUACUUUGAGAAGAACUGGACUCUGCCGGAAAACAUCGUCAUGCUCCCGAAUGAACAGGCUGCCGUCGCAUCAUUCAAAAACCCCAAAGUUGUGGAAAGCAUUUGCACAAAACAAGACUAUGUGAUGCGGUCCAUCCCUGUCAAGGUGUAUCCAUACUACGAGUCCCUGGGCACGGCGCUGUACGGCAAAGAUCGACCAACGUGGAAGAUGCCCGAGCCCUUCACCGAGAGCGUUCACCACGUUGUCUGGAAAUUCCUCCUGAUGAAGAAACUGUUGAAAAGCCUCAACGAUCAGAUGAGUCCGUACUACUGCAGUGUGGACUUGGAAAACCCUGAGGUGAAACUCAGCCCUCUCCCGGGGUUCCUGAAGCAGAAAGGUCUGACCGCCCAGCAUGUAGAGAAGUGGAUGAGUACCGCCAAAGAGGCCUUCCGUCAGCAAAUGUCCGAGUACAGCGCCUUCGAAUGUACAGCGAACGCACGCGCAUGGAAAGCUGCAGAGAAGGAAGUCCGUUCGGUUGUCAAGGAAGACGCCGUCCUGGUGCCGGAUGCAUCCAAGGGGAUUUUGACCGUUGCUGGCCGAGCUGACGAUCUUAAACGACUCAGAGCUCCUGUUGAUGACAUCGUUCUUAAAGCCGUGGAUCAGAUAAGACGUCAGGCAGAAGGCGUCUCUGAUGUGAUGAAUAUGUCCCCUGCAAUGUUCUCCAUCCUGAAUCAUGAGGGCUUCAAGAAAGCUGCCCAGGACAUUUCCCCUGACAUGAAACUCUCCUUUGACGAAGGAAACCAGAAGUUGACCAUCACAGGACUCCCUGCAGAGGUUUACCAGACUAAAUCAUGGAUCUUGGAGAAGAACAUGGGUAUGUGUAAAAAGCACCUGAAUAUCCCCCAACCUCUUCUAGACUUUCUAAAGACAGUGGAUCCAAUGGAGAUGUCGCAUCACCUGUUCACAUCCAGAGGCAUCGGUGCCAUCUACACCAUUGAGAGCAAAGGGUUACUUCUGUCGGGGAGUUCUGAGAGCGUCCUCGCUACGGCGGAGAGUAAGAUGAAGAUGGAUUUGGCCCAUAACAUUCUGGAUGUGGAAGACCAAGAAGUUCUGAAACUUCACCUUUGGGUGAAACUGAACCAACAGCUUCUGGACACCUACAACUCCUUAACGAAGAAGACCGUGGCCAUUCAGAUCCACCCAGAGAGGAGAGACAAAAUAGCGGUGGCCGGCUUCAUGAAUCAAGUGAAAGAGGUCAGCGGCAGUCUGAGGGAAUUCAUCAUGAACUACUCACGAGUUCAAGAAACCAUUCGCUUCAAGUCCUGCGCUGUUGUUCAGUUCAUUAACAAGAAGAAGUUUCAAGAUUGGUCCGGUAUUGCCAAAGAUAAUGAGGUAGAAGUCCUGUUUGAUUCAGAGAGGCCAAAGAUCACCCUUGCUGGGGCUCGUCUCCACGUACAGAAAGCCAAAAGCUGCUUCCAGGAGCUGACUAGUGCUCUCUCCACUGACAACUUCACCGUGGUUAAGCCUGGAGCGAAGAAGUACUUCCAGUCUGAAGGAAGCCUGUUCCUGUCUACAAUAAUGACGGAGUUCAACUGUGUGGUGUUGCUUUGUCCGGAGAAUCAAGAGGAGGAGGACGACGACGAGAACGCUGAGCAAGAAAACGGCCUUUGUUAUUGCAAAGUGAAGACUUCGAGUGGAGUUCUGGUUUCGGUCAGCAAGACAGACAUCUGCACUCUCGCCGUGGACGCGGUGGUCAACGCGGCCAACGAGGAUUUACAGCACAUCGGCGGCUUAGCUCUCGCGCUGCUCAAUGCUGCGGGACCGGAGCUGCAGAAAAUCAGUAACGACCACGUUGCCAGAUAUGGAAAGCUAAAACCAGGCGACGCCAUCGUAACGGGCGCAUGUCAGCUGCCUUGCAAGUACGUCGUGCAUGCUGUCGGUCCGCGGUUCUCCAACUUUGACAAGAAGCAGUCGGUGUUGCGACUGAAGCUGGCAGUUCGUCAAAGUCUGACACAAGCAGAGUUGAAGAAAUGCUCCACCAUCGCGCUGCCGGCGAUCAGCUCAGGGGUGUUUGGUUUCCCUGUCGACCUCUGUGCUGAGACCAUCGCUCAGGCAGUGAGGGAGUACUGCGACGGUCCGGGAGCUCAUAAAUCGCUGACUGAGAUUCAACUGGUGGACAACAACAAAAACGACGACAAGACGGUGAGAGCCCUGGCCAUGGCAGUCAACAAGGUGUUCAUGGACCUCGGACCUACUAUGACGGUACCACGGCCGGCAGCAGGAAGAGGCGCUGGGGCUUCAGGUGAAUAUCAGCCGGUUCAAGGUCAGAGCCAGUCCAACAGGGGCAGUUUGUCUGGUGCCAGAGGAGGAGGAGGAGCUGGAUUUGGUGGAGGUCAGAACCCCAGAGGACAAGCCAGCCAUGGAGGGAAUGGAGGGUCAGGGAGGAUGGAGCAGACCACCACUGAGGGUCUGAAGAUAAUUCUGCUGAAGGGCAACAUUCAGGACCAGACUACCGACGUCAUCGUCAACACCGUCUCAGAGGACGUGAACCUGAAUCAGGGAGCCGUGUCCAAAGCCCUCCUGCAGGAGGCCGGGUCCAGACUGCAGUCGGCUGUUCGGUCUGAAGCCGGGGCGUCCGCGCUGCCGUACGGCGACGUCGUCAUCACCGACGGAUUCAACCUCAAGUGUCUGAAAGUCUUUCACGCCGUCUGCCCGUUUUGGAACAACGGAGCCGGCCAGGCCGAGGAGGAGUUGGUGACCAUCAUCAGAUAUUGUCUGAAGCAGGCUGAGAGUCACCGGAUGACGUCGCUGUCCUUCCCGGCCAUCGGCACAGGAAACCUGAGCUUCCCCAGAGACGUGGUGUCCAGAGUCCUGCUGAAGGAGAUCCACUUAUUCAGCCACAGACAAACUCCUCGCCACCUGAGAGAGGUGGCCAUCGUCGUUCACCCGAGCGACGGCCAGACUGUGGAUUGUUUCACCAGGGAGUUCAGAGGUCAGACUGGUCCGAGGAACAUCCAACCUGAAGCUCGAGAGGUUAUGUCACCAGUUAGGCGAUCAGUGCCCCAAUCACAGCAGGCCUCAGCCUCUUUCGGCCCGGUGUCGUCCCCCACCCUCGGUGUUAACCGGAUGAAGAUGGGUCAGCUGACCCUCGAGGUGUCAACUGGAGACAUCACCAAGGAGGCCUGUGACGUCAUCAUCAACUCCUCCAAUCAGAACUUUACCCUUCAAUCAGGAGUAUCGAAGGCGAUCUUAGACAGCGCCGGAUUAACAGUUCAGAUGGAGUGCUCACAGAUCGUGAGUUCUCCGGGUUACAAGCCCGGCCCGUUCAUCUUGACGUCGGCCGGCCGGCUGCCCAGCACAAACAUCAUCCACAUCGUCGGCCAGAACGAUCCUGCAAAGAUCAGGGAACUGGUUUACUCGGUUCUGAAGCACUGCGAGGAGAACAAGCUCAGCUCCGUCGCCUUCCCAGCUCUGGGAACAGGUCAGGGAGGGGUCAACCCGUCGGCGGUGGCGGACAGCAUGGUGGAAGCCGUGGUGGACUUUGUGAGGAAGAAGCGCCCGAGGUUUGUUCUCAGUGUGAAGAUCCUGAUCUUCCAACCGGUCAUGAUGACGGAGUUUCUCAAGAGCAUGAAGAAGAGAGAGGGAGAGGAGGUGGAGGAGAAGACCACUUUCACCAAGUUUAAAGAAAGCUUCACGUCGUUUUUUGGAUUUGGGGACGAGCGACCUGCUACUGACAGCCUGGUUCUGGAGAGAGAGGAGUUUGAGCCCACGGUGUUUCAGCUGUGUGCCGACAACAAAAUGGCCGUGAGUCAGGCUAAGGAAAAGAUCCAGGAGCUGAUUGUGAGGGAGCAGGCGGAGAGAACCAUCACGGACAAAUACAUCGGGAAGCUGCUGCAGGCCGACAUGGACCAGCUGAGGGCCCUGCAGAGGCAACUGACGGUCAGCAUCCGUCUGAACCGAGGGCAGGAGGACCAGGAGCCCAACAUCCACCUGGAGGGUCUGACCAGAGACGUCUUCACCGCCGAGUCUGCAGUGAGGGAAAUCAUCCACAAGGUGGAAAGGUCGGAGAACCUGAAGAGCAAAGCCCUGCUGCUGAGCGAACUGGUGGAGUGGCAGUAUGUGGGCCAAAACGGCGCGAUGGUGACCUUUGACAUUUACACCAACCUGGAGCUGGAGGAAGCUCUGUGCAACAAACAAAAGAGUAUGAAGAUCAGGAUGAACAACGAAAAGUAUGACGCUCAAGUAAUGAGUAGAAAAGCAGUGUCAGCGAACGGGCGUAGAGAGGUGGAGCUACUGAGAAAAGAGGUGAAAGAUGACACUGCCCUGCCGUCACAUUGGGGCGACAUGAAAGGAGACCUCCUCAAGCUGUUUCCUCUGGAUGUGAAAUCCAAGGGAUACAAAGAAGUGGAGACAGAACUAACAAAGACCGGUCUGGCCGCCAACAUCAUCAGCAUUGAACGCGUCCAGAACACGACGCUGUGGCAGAGCUACCAGCUGAUGAAGAAACAGAUGGAGGUGAAGAACAAACACACAAACAACGAGAGGAUGCUGUUCCACGGCACCGCGGCCGACUCCAUCAACCUCAUCAACAAACAGGGCUUCAACCGCAGCUACGCAGGAAUACACGGUGCGAUGUUUGGAAACGGCUCCUACUUUGCGGUGGACCCGGUCUACUCAGCUCAGGGAUACGCUAAACCCGACGCCAGCGGCCACAAGCGCGUCUACCUGUCCCGGGUCCUGGUGGGAGACUUCACCAAAGGAAAACCUGGUCUGAUCACGCCGCCCUCCAAGAACUCCGCGAGCGCUGCAGACCUGUACGACAGCGUAGCAGAUCAAAGCGGAACUCCAACCAUGUUUGUAGUCUUCAAUGACAUCCAGGCUUACCCCGAGUACCUGAUCACCUUCACCUGAACUCCCACAGUCACAUUAUGAUAAAACAUAACCCUCUAUUAUGUGUGUUCUAGUUUAAAAUCAUAGUCUACUUAAUGAUUUAAUAUAUCACGUUUCCUGAUGGGGUAAUUUCCAUUUUCUUGAUUUGGUUCACAAACACUAACUGAAUAAAUAAUAAUAAAAACACUGUAUCUGUGUGUUAUGAGAUUAAAGUUAGUUUCAAAAUUAUGAUUUUUCUCUUUCUGAAAAUUUUAACUUUGAAUUUUUUUGUUUUUGAAUGUGGUCUAAAAAUGCUGUUUAUUAAAGGAACACUGCUACAAUUUGGGAAA